UCCUUCCCGUUCUUUUCUCUGAACAAAAUUCUCCUGGAGAGACCAACAAAGAUUGGGUCAGAGAUGGGGGACCAGCCCAUGAUGGAGGAGAAAGAGCUAGCCAGCCCGAGUGCCCACUUCAAUACAGCUCACCAGCACAUUGUUCUGAAGCCUCAAGGUUUGUACAAGACCAAGAAGCGCUCCUGCCUCAGGACAUCAAGGAUGGUUUCAGUUAUUCUCCUCUUUCUACUCAUGGCUCUGGUGGCUACUAUUGUGUAUUUCCUACUAUUCAGAGAGGAGGCAGAUGUCCAAAUAUGUAAGGAUUAUUCUAAGAAUACCAGCACCUGUAAUGCUGGAUUCCAGAUGUUUAGAAGUUACCUGGAAAAUGCAAGUGCCUUAAAUUCCCAGAGCCCAGUGCUAAAAGGCAGUUUGGGCAAUGCUGAUAUUGAGAUCCAGAUGUUAAAAGAAGCUCUGAAAAACACCAGCACUCAGGCAAAGGAGACACACGGAAGUUUGAUGAGCAUCAGUACUCAGAUCCAGAUGUUAAGAGAAGAGACAGAGAAGAUCAGCUCCUUAAAUUCACAGACUCAAAGGUUAAACGGACAUUUGGGAACUGCUAGUGCUGAGAUCCAGAUGAUAAAAGGGAGUCUAAAGAAUGUUGAUGCCUUGAAAUCCCAAACCCAGAUGCUAAAACAUGAUCUGGAAAAGGCCAGUGGAGAGAUAAAGACUUUAAAGGAAGAUCUAGCAAAUGCAAGUGCUUUCCAUUCCCUGAUUCAGAUGCUGCAGAGUGGUCUAGAACUCGCCAAUGCUGAGAUCCAGAUGUUAAAAACUAAUUUGGAGGGCAACAGCACCUUACAUUCCCAGAUCCACAUGUUACAAGACAGUUUGGGGGAAAACAAUGCUGAAUUGCAAAGACUGAAGAAAGGUUUGGAAAAUGCCAAUACUUUUCAUGCCCAGGCCCAGAUGACAAGAGACAAUUUGGAAAGGGCCAAUGCUAAGAUCCAGGUGUUAAAUGAGCAUAUGGAAAAGACAAACGCUGAGAUCCAGAUAUUAAAAAAGGGUCUAGGCAAUGCUGGUGCACAGGCUCAGGCAGCAAACAAUGCCCUGAAGAAUGCCAGUACUCAGAUCCAGAUGUUAGGAGGAGAUCUUGGCUCUAUCAUUACCUUAAAGUCAGAGGUGCCGCUAUUGAGAAGUCAUUUGGAAAGAGUCAACAUGGAGAUCCAGAAGCUUAAAGAAGGUCUGAAGAGUGUCAGUGUCUUCACUUCCCAGACCCAGACAUUAACCAAAGAAUUGGCAAAAGCCAACGAUGAGAUACAGAAGUUAAAGACGGGUUUACAAAGAGCAAGCCAGAUCCCAGGAUUAAGGAGUGACUUGAAUAGAGCCAAUGAAGAGAUAAAGGACUUAAAGGAAAGAUUAGCAGAUGUCGGUGCUCUAAAUGCUGAAAUCCAAAAGUUAAAAGGUCAACUGGAGACAGUCACCCAGCAACAGGAAAUGGAGCAAAAGCACCUUCUGCAGAUGGUCGCCCAAGGCUGGCGCUUCUACGAGGGGAAGGCCUACUACUUUUCAAUCGCCAAAAAGUCUUGGGAUGAGGCUGAGAAAUUCUGCGUGUCCCACAAUUCUCAUCUGGCCUCAGUGACCUCAGAAGAAGAACAGGAGUUUCUGAAAAGGGGAACAAAUGGAGUUUAUCACUGGAUAGGCCUGACUGACAAAGGGACUGAAGGCAUCUGGCGCUGGGUAGAUGGGACUCCUUAUGACAAGAGGAAAGGGUCUUGGAACAAGAACCAACCUGAUAAUUGGAACCAUGGAAAUGGGAUCCAAGAAGACUGUGUCCAUUUUAUGGAGAAGUGGAAUGACAUGAUAUGUCAGAGACCUUACCCCUGGAUCUGCAAGAAGGUUCUGUAACGAUUGGCAUGACGCCACCUGCUGGAUACUUACUGUAGAAGAGUUCUGCCCAUGAAGCGAAGGUCUUUGAGGGCAAGACCAGGAGUCUUUUCUUUGGCGGGAGGAAGUGACGCGGACUAGUGGGAGGA